AUGAGCAACAUGACGCAGGAGGAUGUGGCGACCGGCCUGCGUACAGUCCAGCAAGGCCUUGAAGCCCUUCGGGACGAACAUGGCACCGUUUGCACGACACUCGAGAGCAGCCUGAAAGGGAUAAGUGAGGAUGAGGCGCCAAUCCCAAGAGAGAAGCAUCACCAAAUUUCAGACAACGUCACGAACAUCUCAACUGGCUUGGAGGAAGUUACGGUAGGCGCUAUACAUCUUUUUAAGGCUCAACGUCGUCGUUUGUGUCAGGAGAAUGCAUGGCUUCGUGAUGAACUUAGUUCAACGCAAAUAAAACUGCAGACGUCUGAGCAGCGUGUUGCCACAUUGGAAGAGGAAAAUAAACACCUGAAGUACAUGAAUUCCAUCAAGCAGUUCGAUGAUGACAUUCAAAACGAUAUGAAAUCUGCACCGUCUGAGACUAAUGUGCCGUCAACGAAUGACACACUCCAAGACCUCGGAUUCGGACCUGAAGACGAAGAAGAUUUGCAGUCAAGUUUUAGCACUUUCAUAUGGAGUUGUGGAGAAGCCUUACAGGUGAUACAGUACGCCUCGCAAGGUCGCUAUGAAGUCGCUGUUCCACUUUGUAAACAAGCUCUCGAAGAUCUUGAAAAGACAAGCGGUCACGAUCACCCCGAUGUGGCAACGAUGCUCAACAUUUUGGCACUUGUUUACAGAGAUCAAAACAAGUACAAGGAAGCUGCUAAUCUUCUUAACGAAGCUCUGGCCAUUCGAGAGAAGUGUCUGGGUGAAAACCACUCAGCUGUGGCCGCGACUCUUAAUAAUCUGGCGGUGCUAUAUGGAAAGCGAGGCAAAUUCAAAGACGCUGAGCCGCUGUGCAAACGUGCUCUUGAAAUUAGAGAAAAGGUGCUUGGUCACGAUAACCCAGAUGUUGCAAAACAGUUGAACAAUUUGGCUCUCCUCUGUCAGAAUCAAGGGAAGUACGAAGAAGUUGAACAAUAUUAUAAGCGUGCCCUAGAAAUCUAUGAGAGCAAGCUAGGACCCGACGACCCAAAUGUGGCAAAGACCAAGAAUAACCUUUCCUCUGCGUAUCUUAAGCAGGGCAAGUACAAGGAGGCCGAGGAACUCUACAAACAGAUCUUAACGCGAGCGCACGAGCGAGAGUUUGGCAAGAUUGGAGAGAACAAUAAGCCAAUUUGGCAGAUUGCCGAAGAUCGUGAAGCGAUCAAGCAGAAAGGUGGAACAGACGCUGGUCCCAUAGCCUACCACGAUCAUGGUGGAUGGCAUAAAGCUGCUAAAGUAGACAGCCCAACUGUGACGACUACGCUGAAGAAUCUUGGAGCUCUCUACCGGCGUCAAGGUAAAUAUGAAGCUGCAGAAACCUUGGAAGAUGUUGCACUUAGAGCUAAGAAGCAGGUUAGGAGCACUUUUUGUCGUUCUUAG